CACCAAUCCUUUUAACAUCAUUAUGUCAUUUUCAAAUUAAUCCGCACAAUUUUAUAUCAAACAAAAGAGAUCCAAAGACUAAGUAAAUGAAAGUCAGCGUGGUUAAUAAUAUGCAUUAAUCCAUUUAUUCUUUAAAAUGUCAAUGAACGUUUCAACUCCAAGGAAGAGGGGGGCAUAUUGUGACGGGGACUUAGUAGUGACAUUUUGAAUAUUUAUAGUGACCAGCGAUAUCAUAUGUUGAUGAUUAAGAAGCUUGAAUUUUGACUCCUCACAUUUUAAGUAUUUCACCGAGACUCUAGAAAAUCGAGAACUCUCGUGAGACGAGACGAAACGAAAUCGAGACAGAGACCAAAUUAUGACGCCCAAAUAGACAAAGGUUUUAAAUAGAUACACAUCAAAGUUACAUUUUUUACAAAAAUUAUUUCGCAAAAGAGUGAAAAAACAAUAAUGGGAAAUAAAAACCUCGAUGAAAACCAAAGCAAAAUACUCACAAACAAAGAUUCAACUAAAAUAACAGAGGCUGGUGAACUAAUCGACGUGGAACCAUUAAAAUUGAAGGUGUAUAAAAAGAGGUGGCUAAUGCUAAUUAUCUUCAUGAUUUAUGCUGCAUCGAAUUCUCAAUGGAUAGAGUACUCAAUUAUAACCAACAUAAUUACCAAAUAUUAUGGAGUAUCUUCGAGAAUGGUUGACUGGACCUCGAUGUCGUUCAUGGCAUUUUACGUGACGUUUAUAUUUCCAGUGUCGUACAUGACAGAUAAGUGCGGUCUGCGAUGGACCAUCACCAUAGGCGCUGGUCUUAAUUGCCUUGGUGCUUGGAUAAAAACAUUGUCCAUUCAACCCGAUAGGUUCUACAUUGCUUUCAUCGGUCAUUCAAUAGUCGCGCUCGCCCAGACUACGGUCCUACCGAUACCAGGACGAUUGGCUGCGCAAUGGUUUCCUGCCAACCAAAUCUCGACCGCUACAUCUUUGAGUAUUUUUGGCAAUCAAUUUGGAGUAGCGUUAUAUUUUCUUUUAGGGCCUAUAAUAGUAAAAAAUCACAAUAAUUUGGAUGAUAUUGGCGAAGAUUUAUCACGUUUGUGCUGGAUAGUCGCAAUUUUCUGUACAAUUGCAUUCGCUCUUGUGAUUACAUUAUUUCAGGACAAACCAAAACUACCGCCCAGCGAGACGCGGGCAUUGCAGAAAAUGAAUCGUACGAAGAAAGGAGAGGAAUUCGUGGAGCCGAUUAAAAGGCUCUGCAAAAAUAAAAACUUCAUCAUGCUCUGUAAUUCCUAUGGUUUGAACACCGGCGUGUUUAUUACUGUGUCUACAUUACUCAAUCAAAUAUUCCUCGCACACUUCGAGAAUGGAGAAGAAGAUGCAGGCAGAAUUGGUUUAGCCACAAUUCUCACCGGCAUGGCUGGUUCUAUUAGUUUUGGUAUCAUCCUUGAUAAAACGCAUAAAUUCAAACAAACUGCCAUGACUGUAUAUCUUCUUACGUUAUGUAGUCAAAUAUUAUUCGCUGUAUUUACUUGCAUGGGUGUAAAAUGGAUGGUAUAUAUGUCGGCAAUUUUCUUAGGAUACUUUAUGUCGGGAUAUCUAACAAUGGGAUAUGAUUUGUGCACCGAAUUUACGUAUCCAGAGUCGGAAAAUAUAGCUGCGGGAGUUCUCAAUAUAACAACCAGCACGUAUAGUAUGAUACUCAUUAUAUCAUUAGGAUUACUAAUGAACAUGUACGGCGACAUUCCAGUGCACAUCGGCUUAUGCUUGACUUUGUUGCUCGGUUUCAUUUUGACCGCUAUGACGAAAGACGAACAAAGACGACAAAACGCGAAGAAGAAGGCUCAGUAUGAAGGAAUUGAAAGCAAUGUCGAUGGCGUCCCAGAAACUAUUCAACUAACUUAUACUAUUACAUAAAAGUUAGGGAGCAAAUAUUAUGUAUAUACGUGAAAAGUUUCUAAGUCACACAGAGAUAGCACACGUAUCGCAAAAAAGACAUAAUAGCCAAAAAGUAUAUCUAAUCGGAACCUUAUACUUAACAUGUAAAAAAUACACUUAACAUGUAUAAAAUCUUUCCAAACUUUUUAAUAGAUUCUCUUGUAGUAACUUUUCGUGGUAAAGUC